CAAGAGUAAUAAGAACCCAGUAAAAUUUUCUCCUUCUUCAUCUUCCACUGCCUCUGUGAUUAUAUUGAUGCUUCUUCUCACAGCAAAACCCAACUGAUUUCUCAAUUGCUAAGAUGUAUGAGUUAGUAUUUACAUAUAUAUUACGGCAGCCUUUUCCACCUCCUUUUCAUUUCUUUCAAUCAGUGAAGAUUUUUAUGAGAUUGUGCAAGAUAGUGCAACCAUAUUUCAUGAUUACAUUUGAAGGUUAUAUUGGAAUUUAAGGGGGAUCAAUCAAGCAUUAGUGCCAUCAAAAAGAGCUUUAGAUCUCAAUGUCAUCAAGAGAGAAGAGCCUCAUGUCUUUGAGUUUCCAACUCGUGGGGGUUGAACAACUCUUCAAUUGAAAGAUGAGCUUGUGAACAACUGGAGCCGUAGCUAGAUCAGAUUUAUCAUGUUUACAGUUAUCUGCAGACACUAAAUCUUUAGCUGGCUGUACAAAAUCAGAAACUGGAUCAAACGGUUCCGAAGAAAAGUGGGGAAUCUUCCUUAGAGCUUGACCAUGAACGAUUUUAAUUCUGAAAGAUCAAAGCCAUGGAACAUUUACACAACUUCAGAGCCAGGUCCACCACAAGCAAUGGUUGACAAGGAAGCUCCAUGGAGAAGUUUUGGGACAUCUAUGAAUGCCAUUUCUUUUGGUUUUGUUGCCACCGCCAUUUUGAUCUCAAUGUUCCUCAUAAUGGCCAUAUUUGAACAUCUGUUCAAACCAACUUCACAGUACUCUUCACCAGAGUCUUUGCUGGAUUCCCUGGAAUCAGGAACAACCGGGAAAAGCGGAAAUAGACAAACUGUUUCAGCAUCUUAUGCAUCAGAUUUGUCAGUAAUGAUGCCUGGGCAGCAAUAUCCAACCUUCAUAGCCAAACCUGCUCCUUUGCCUUGCUCAAGGGAAGGGAUUCAUUGGCCUUCUCAUGAACAAUGUUUUGUAUUUGAUUAGCUUUUAUUUUGUGGUUAAAUUCUAGCUUACAUUCUACUAAAAGCUGUGCUCUUUGAGAUUAUCAAGUAUCUAUGUUAUAGGUAUAUAUUUUCAAU